AUGACCGAAAACCAAGAAAACUUGAAAUGUCAGUUGGCCAAGGCGGAAGAACGAAUCCGGGAACUGGAGCAGAUGUUGUGCGAAUUCGACAACAUGAAGGCCAGCCGAGACUGCCUGGAGGAAAAAAUGAGCAAAGCCGACGAGUGGAUGGAUUAUGUUAUCCGCAAGCAGUCCGAGAGCAUGCUCGAGCUGAUAUCGACUCACGAGAGCGCUCGCCGCGAGCUAGAAUCGCACAAGGAACUGUUGAGCAAGAGCCAGCGGGAAACCGACAGGCUCCGGUGUGAACUGGAUGCCGUCAGAUGCAAGUUCCAGAAACAGGAGGGCGUCAUCAAGGAGUUGGAGGGCGCCAGAUCGGACCUCAAGGCACAGACGUGCAAGCUGCACAAGAAGAUAGCGGAACUGGUGGAGAGCGGCAAGCGGAUGUGUGACCGGCUGGAGGAGGCGGACAGGUCGCUGCAAAAAGCGCUAGCCGACAACAAGGCGGAACGGGCUGAAAUGGACAGGAAAGUGGAGGAGGCUCAGGCGCAGAACACGUGUCUGAGGUCGGCCAUGGCCGAGCUAAAAACGGAAAUGGAGAGCAACGUGUCAAAAAUGCAGACGGAGCUGACCGGCCUCCGGUGUCAGUUGAGCUCGAAAACGGCCAACGAGGCCGAGGCCAAGUGCUUACUGGCGGACCGACAACAAAAGCUGGACGCGCAAGCCGAGCGGAUGGGCCGGCUGAAGAGGAUGAUCGAAGAGCUGCGGGCGACGCGUGCACAAGAGAAAUGCAAGACCGACGAAGAGAUAUGCGAGCUGAAGGCCGAAGUGGAGACGGUUGGCAAAGAGCUUAUAGCGGUCAACAAGCAGUACUGCGACGCGCACGCCGAAGGGGAAAAGCUCAGGUGCCGGGCGGACGAGCAGACGAAGGCCAUCAUGCGGUUGGAGUCAGCGUUGACCCAGCAGCAGCAGGCGACCAAGCGGGCCGAACAAACGGCCCAAAUGACGGCGCAGAAAAACGCGGCCGAACGGCAACAGUUCGUCGGCGAGCUGAAACAGCGCGACAGAAAAAUGCACUCGAUGGCGCAGGAGAUGUGCGAGCUGAGACGCGCCGCCGAAGAGCGCGCGCGACAAGUGAAACAGCUGAAAAAGCAGCUGGCCGAAUUCAAGUCGCCGACCGACCAGGAAUCAUGCGAUCAACAGACCGACUCGUUUACUUCGGUACUGGCCAAGCAUGCGGAAGUGUUGACCGAGGAAGUGGAAUCGACACAAUGCAGUACUGGUGAUAGUUGGUACCACACGCCUGUCGAUGACGGCGGAUGCGACUUCAAUUCAACGGCCAGCAAUAUGAAAGCGCACUUGACCGAAUUCAGUGAGACGUUCAACGAGAUGAAAACGCUAAUGCUAACGAAAUUCGAUUGA